GCUUCAGUAUAUUCCGAUUAAAGCAAAGCUCCCUCUCGACUCCUUUCUAAAGCUUACCCGCGGCUAAGCAGAACCAGAUCCUCCCGUUUAAAAUCCCAUGCCAUCGUCUCCUCCCCGGGUCUCUCAAAAGAUUGAACCGAAUUCUCCCCAGCCACCACCACCAAUGGCAGCACCGGACGACGACCGCCCCCGCCGGGGCCCCCUGCUCUUCCGCCUCCCGCGCCGCCAGUUCCAGCCGGCGCUGCCUUCUCGGCGUAGAAAGAUGGUGGUGGUCCGGCUGGGCGACCGUCGGGGGUGGCGCAGCGGCCGGAGGAUCCUCGUGGGCUUCCUCCGGCGGGUGCAGUUGAGGUGGCUGGUGGGGCAGUACCGGAAGGCGUUGAAGCGGGUGACGGCGUGCUACGUGGCGCUUAUGCGGGAUCUGAUCGAUGGAGCGGCGACAAUGGAGACCGUCCGUUCGCAGAUGCUCAUGGAGUCCUACUUCACGGUCCCCAUGGUGCCCAUCACCGUCGCCAAUUGCGCCAACUACUAUAAAGUCUGAUGCAGAGAUUAUAAUUCUCUCUCUUUCUCCCGCGCACGAAAGGAUGUUAGUAUAUGUAGUAAGAAAAAAAAAAAGGGAGUGAAAUUAAUAGGAGAUAAAUAUACAUCUCUCCCUUCUUUUUCUUUUUUUGAUUUUAUGAGUAUUUUCUUGUAAAUAAAUUACAAUAUAUUAGAUAUAGAUGGUUCUGCUAUGUCUAUUCCUAUUCUCAUGAUUCACAA